AUGGCUAGCCCUCCCGUUCUAGCUUUCGACGCCGAGGGCCGUCCAGUGAAGUUCGAAACCUGGCUCGAUGACCUGCACCUGUUCCUACAGCUCACGGCCAAGGAGGAUAUUUCUCUGUACGACCAUGCUCUCGGCCACGCUACUGCCCCUCUUACUACUGCUCCCCCCACUGAGCGCUCACAGUGGCAGACACGUGACGCGCACGCUCGCUUCGCCAUACGCAACUCCCUGCCGCUAGAUGAGCGCGAGCACUUCGGCCAGUGCAAGACUGCUAAGGAACUGUACACCGCUGUCGUUGCCCGCUACUCCUCACCCGCUUCUGCCACGCUAGGCCGCCUCACUCUCCCCUACCUGUUCCCCGACCUGGCCUCCUUUCACACAGUCGCAGACCUCAUCACCCACCUUAAGACUAGUGAGGCCCGCUUUCGCGCUGCCAUGCCUGACGAGUUCCUCGCUAGCAACCCCCCCCCGCUCUGGAUCACUCUCUACCACAUCGUCACUCGCCUCCCUGACUCUCUGCGCGCAGUCAGGGACCACUUCCUCUCUCGCUCCCCCACCGAGCUCACCGUAGCCCUCCUCGAGAAGGAACUGCUUGCAGCUGAGGCCAGUAUCGUCGCUGUAGGCACCUCUCGUGGCGACCCCCGCACCCCGUUCUUUGAGGGGUGUUCCCCUUCCCCCCUCCUCCCCUCUGUCGCCUCUGCUGCUGCUGUCGACCUUCUUGGUGCUGAGAAGGUCGGGACCGCGUCUGCUUCGAGCGGGCGCCGCAGGAACAAGGGGGGCAGGGGUGGGGGUGGCGGCGGAGGAGGUGGGGGUGGAGGCGGUGGGAGUGGAGGCGCGGCUGGGGAGACUAGUGGCGGCAGUGGGGGAGGAGACAGCAGCGGUGGGAGUGGUGGUGGAGGCAGCAGCGGAGGCGGAGGUGGUCGUGGCGGCGGCAGGGGUGGAGGUGGCCGGGGCGGCGGCGGUGGGGGUGGUGGUCGUGGAGGCACUGGCGGAGGCCCGAGUCAGCAGCCCGCCCCGACGCUUCAGGCCGCCCGUGAGUGGUAUGCGCAGCGUAGCGUUACCUGCACGUACGUCAUUCGCACAGGUGACCGCAGCGGCCAGCAGUGUGGGAGGCCGCACCCCACGCAGCGCUGCUUCGCGCGCCUUAACGACGCAUGGCGCACUCAGUUUCCUACUGCCACUGAGCUGCCGCGCUGGGCUGAUCUGGAAAAGAGGGGUGUUGAUAUUUGGGCUUUAGACUUUGAUGCUAUUCUCACUGCCAUGUAUGCCAUGUCUAUUAGUGGAGAGGGUGCUCAGUACUUGCGUGUUCUGCCCGACCCGGGCAUUCAGGCCAGUCCGGCUGCCGCUCUAGGUGCUAGUGCGUCUGCUCCCACAGGUCCUGGUGAGGCCGCUGCCCUAGGUGCUCGUGCGUCCGUGCCCCCUGGUACUGAGUCAACUGCAGCACUGCACACCUUCACACUGGACUCAGGUGCUUCUCGCUCCUUCUUUCGUGAUCGCACUGUCCUUGAGCCACUCGCUCGGCCAGUUGCUGUCUCCCUUGCUGACCCCUCUGGGGGUCCGGUCAUUGCGACCUCCUCCACUGUCCUUCCUUGUCCGGCGGUCCCGUCCGGCACGCUGUCAGGUCUCUACCUCCCCUCGUUCUCUACGAACUUGGUGGCAGGUAGUGCGCUCCAGGAUGGGGGUGUUCACCAGUUCACCCCUGCCUACGAGCGCGUGACACACUGCACGUGUGCUCGGAUGGGUCGCCACCUGGCUACCUUCACUCGAGAGCCGGGGUCGGACCUGUACACACUGACCACUGAGUCCCCUCAGGUAGCUGCGUCCGCGUCUGCGUCUGCGUCAGGUCAGCUGUCCGCCCCCUGCUCGUGUCGCUCUCUGGCGCAUGAGACUGUCCUUUGGCACCACCGCCUUGGUCACCCGUCUGUGCAGCGCCUUCGGGCUAUGCACAAACGGGACCUUGUUGCUGGUCUUCCCAGGGUGCUUCCUCCCCUUCCCGACUCGCCUGCUCCUCCCUGUAUUCCCUGUGUCGAGGGACGGCAGCGCGCCGCUCCUCACUCCUCCUCCUUUCCCCCGACGACUGCUCCCUUGCAGACGCUCCACAUGGACGUGUGGGGCCCAGCCCGCGUCCGUGGUCAGGGCCAGGAGAGGUACUUCCUGAUUGUUGUUGACGACUUCUCGCGCUACACCACGGUCUUCCCCUUGCGCGCCAAGGGUGACGUCCCUGAUGUCUUGAUCCCUUGGAUCCGCAGAUCUCGUCGCCAGCUCCGUGAGCGUUUCCGCUCCGACUUCCCUGUCCUGCGUCUGCACUCUGACAGAGGUGGGGAGUUCUCCUCUGGCCUACUGGAGGCCUUCUGUCAGCAGGAGGGCAUUGAGCAGUCGUACACGCUUCCGGACUCUCCACAGCAGAAUGGGGUUGCUGAGCGCCGCAUUGGUCUGGUCAUGGAGGUCGCCCGUACCUCCUUGAGCCAUGCGGCUGCCCCCCAUUUUCUGUGGCCGUUUGCAGUCCGAUACGCUGCGCAUCAGCUCAACCUCUGGCCCCCUUUUGUCCGCGACACGUCCGCGGACAAGCUCUCCCGUCGCGCUGUCCCCUGCGUCUUCCUUGGCUUUGUCCCGGACGCCCCUGGUUGGCAGUUCUACCACCCCACCUCGCGUCGUGUCCUGGCCUCUCAGGACGUCACUUUUGACGAGUCCGUCCCCUACUACCGCCUCUUCCCCUACCGCACUGCCCCGCUCCCCCCCCCGCCUCUCUUCCUCGCUCCAGGUGCUGAGGUACCAGACCCCCUCCCCCCUCAGGGUGCCGCUCCCUCAGGUGUGUCCCAGGUAGACCCGGGUGAGCCUGUCGAGGUAGCUGUUGACUCUCGUCCUGCUCGGGGUGCUGAGCCUGGGGGUGCUGCGUCUGGGGGUGCUGAGCCUGGGGGUGCUGCGUCUGGGGGUGCUGAGCCUGGGAGUGCUGAGUCUGGGGGUGCGGAGCCUGGGGGUGCUGAGCCAGGAGGUGCGGAGCCUGGAGGUGCGGAGCCUGGAGGUACUGAGCCUGGGGGUGCUGCGUCUGGGGGUGCUGAGCCUGAGCGUGCUACACCUAGAGGAGCCCUCUCCUCCCAGCAGCUGCAGGAGAGGUACCUCGAGUACUGCCGCCUUCGGAGAGGUGCUGCUGGAGCUCGUCCCGGUACUUCCCCUCCUACCCAGGAGCUCCCCCCCAUUCAGCAGAUCCGCGAGUGGUACACACGGCGCUGCAGUCUUCGGAGUGGUGCUCCUGGUGCUGCGGACCCUGGGGGUGGAGCUGCAGCUGGUGCUGAGGACCCGGACGUUGGAGCUGCUGCUGGUGCUGCGGACCCGCCUGGUGGAGCUGCUGCUGGUGCUGAGGACUCGGACGUUGGAGCUGCUGCUGGAGCUGAGGACCCGGGCGGUGGCGCUGCUGCUGGUACUGAGGACUCGGACGGUGGAGCUGCUGCUGGACCUGAGGACCCGAGCGGUGGCGCUGCUGCUGCUGCUGAGGACCCGGGCGUUGGAGCUACUACUGGUGCUGAGGACCCGACUGGUGGAGCUGCUGCUGGUGCUGUUGACCCGGCCGCUGGAGUCUCCUCUGCUUCUGGAGACGCUGCGCGGCCGCGACCGUACUUCGUACCGCUCCUUCAGCAGGUUCUUGGGCAGGCUCCUCCUCCUUGUCCUCCUCCCUCCGUAGAGUGUCCUCUGCCUGUCCAGUCGCAGUCACAGUUACCGCCUACCUCGCCUCUCCCUGCUCCCUCUCCUUACACUGGUCCCACAGGAGGUCUUACAGAGCGUCGUGAGCCUGAGUCUCGUCCUGCGUCGCCUGUCCGUCCUGCUCGCACUGGUAGUCGUGUCCGUCGUGAGCGUCCUCCUCCUGUCCCAGGCACUCACUACAUGACUUUGCGUCCCUCUACUGCUCCUCAGCGUGUCCCUCUACCGUCUCCUCCCGCGUCUUCUUUGCCUCAUGUUCCGGACCCUGAGUCUGACCGGUACCGUGCUGAGCACCCUACUGUCACGCGUCUCCUCGCUACUGUUGUCACUGACCCUACCUUUGAGUCCUCGACUGCGUCUGCUCUGGUCGCUGAGUUGGUUGACUUUGCUGCUGCCUGUCGUCUAGACUACGCUACUAGCCUUGUUGCUGAGUCUGAGUCUGAGUCUGUCCGUCCUCCGUCCGUCGGGGGUGAGUGUGCUCUUGGCACGGACGUCCUUGAGGACAGACAGGAGGAGUUCCAGUGUCUUGCUGCUGCUUUGCCCCGUCUCGUGUCCUUGCUAGUUGCCCCUGAGGGAGACCCGGAUGCACCAGACAUCCCGACCCCACGCACUUACGCUGAGGCGAUGGCGGGUCCCUACUCCUCUCAGUGGCAGACAGCCAUGGACGCCGAGAUGGCUUCCUGGAAGUCCACACGCACCUACGUCGACGAGGUUCCCCCUCCUGGGGCGAACAUCGUCAGUGGCAUGUGGAUUUUCAGGGUGAAGCGGCCGCCGGGUUCUCCGCCUGUCUUCAAGGCCCGUUACGUGGCUCGAGGCUUCAGUCAGCGAGAGGGAGUUGACUUCUUCCAGACAUUCUCCCCCACCCCGAAGAUGACUACUCUUCGGGUACUGCUGCACAUAGCUGCUCACCGCGACUACGAGCUUCACUCACUUGACUUCAGCACUGCUUUCUUGCAGGGCAGCCUGCACGAGGAGAUCUGGCUGCGCCGCCCACCUGGCUUCACUGGGUCGUUUCCUCCUGGUACCCAGUGGAGGCUUCAGCGGCCGGUCUACGGUCUCCGCCAGGCUCCGCGUGAGUGGCACGACACACUGAGGACUACACUUGCGGCUCUUGGGUUCGCGCCUUCUACAGCUGACCCGUCGCUGUUCCUGCGCACUGACACUUCGCUGCCGCCGUUCUACAUCCUCGUGUACGUCGACGACUUGGUCUUUGCCACUGCUGACACUGCAGGACUCGCCUACGUGAAGUCGGAGCUGCAGAGGAGACACACGUGCACAGACCUGGGUGAGCUGACAAGCUAUCUUGGCUUGCGGAUCACCCGGGACAGAGCACGGCGCACCAUCACCUUGACUCAGUCACACAUGGUGCAGCAGGUUCUCCAGCGCUUUGGCUUCACGUACUCCUCGCCUCAGUCCACUCCUCUGCCUACCGGUCACUCGCUCUCAGCUCUGCCUUCGGAUGAGUCCGUAGAGCCGAGUGGCCCGUAUCCAGAGCUUGUGGGCUGCCUCAUGUACCUGAUGACCUGCACUCGACCUGACCUUGCAUACCCUCUUAGCAUCCUUGCACGCUAUGUCGCUCCUGGCCGUCACAGGAAGGAGCACAUGGAUGCCGCUAAGAGGGUGUUGCGCUACUUGUGCAGUACGUCGGGCAUGGGGCUUGUGCUUGGAGGGCGAGACCGAGUUGUGCUCACAGGGCACUCAGACGCUUCUUGGGCGGACGACCAGGCCACUCAGCGGUCGUCUCAGGGUUACACCUUCAGCCUUGGCUCUGGCUCAGUUUCUUGGCGCUCUACACGCUCUUCUUCUGUUCUCGGCUCCAGUUGCGAGGCUGAGAUCUACGCUACAGCCAUGGCUGCCCAGGAGCUACGCUGGCUGACCUACCUGCUGACUGACCUCGGAGAGCCGCCUCGUUCUCCUCCAGUACUGUACGUCGACAACAAGGCUGCCAUUGCCUUGUGUGAGGAGCACAGACUGGAGCACAGAACGAAGCACAUCGCCCUGCGGUACUUCCUUGCUCGAGAGCUGCAGCAGCGCGGUCAGCUUUGUAUUCGCUACGUGGCCACUGAGGCCAACACUGCUGAUGUGUUCACCAAGGCGCUUCAGCCUCGUGACCAUCAGCGCUUCUGCACUCUACUAGGCCUUGUGCCUACUGGACCUCACUUGCUUACCUCUUGA